AUUCCAGGAACUGCCCUGAAGAAAAAUAAAUUCAUCGAAGGAAUCCAAUCUGGUCAACACGAUAAAUAAAAGAGCAGAGAAACAAACGGAGAGACUCUCCAAGGGAAAUAGAUCAGAUCCUUCUUCCAAGCUCUCCACAAAGUAUUUUGAGCUAGAAAGAGAAAAAAGAGAGAUGGGGCUGACAUUUACAAAGCUCUUUAGCCGGCUUUUUGCCAAGAAGGAGAUGCGUAUUUUGAUGGUGGGUCUUGAUGCAGCUGGUAAAACCACUAUUUUGUACAAGCUCAAGCUCGGUGAAAUUGUCACCACAAUCCCAACCAUUGGAUUCAAUGUUGAGACAGUGGAAUACAAGAACAUCAGCUUCACUGUUUGGGAUGUUGGUGGUCAGGACAAGAUCCGUCCUUUAUGGAGGCACUAUUUCCAGAACACUCAGGGUCUCAUUUUCGUGGUGGAUAGCAAUGACAGGGACCGUGUUGUUGAGGCAAGGGAUGAAUUGCACAGGAUGUUGAAUGAGGAUGAAUUGAGAGAUGCUGUUUUGCUUGUAUUUGCCAACAAACAAGAUCUUCCCAAUGCAAUGAAUGCUGCUGAAAUAACUGAUAAGCUUGGUCUUCAUUCUCUUCGCCAGCGCCACUGGUAUAUCCAGAGUACAUGUGCAACUUCUGGAGAAGGCCUCUAUGAGGGGCUUGAAUGGCUUUCCAACAACAUCGCUGGCAAGGCAUGAGGGAGGAUCAGUGUUUUGGUUGUUAGUAAGACUUGUUGGAACUCUGGCAACUCUGGAGAGGAUAGCUUCCUCUUUAUCCAUGAACUUUUGUAAUGACAGAAUGUUUCUUAGAUAUAAUAUGCGCGUUUGUUUGACCUCUGCUUUUGCAAAUACUAGUAGUUGUAAACAACACUUUAUUACUCCAGCAUGUUGGAAAUGGGAUUUCUUGCUUAUUACUGUUUUUCUUUUA